AUGAUCAGGUACAUUUCUUCAUCUCAAGUGUACGACUUUACCCUUCGGGAGUGUACUCACGUGAUGAAGAUCACGCCGGCUGUGAUGACUGUUCAAUUAUUGAACUUGCUAACUAGCAUGCUGAAUUUCUAUGAGGCAGGCAGCGAAGGGUUGACCCCGCAAGAUUAUGAAAAUUUCAUGGUGUACGCUGUAGCUUGGUCUUGCGGGGCACUAUUUGAACCCGAUGACAGACAGAAGUUCAGCACAUUUUUGCGUGACCAAAUGCUGUCGCCUCAUCAGUGCGAUCCGGGACUCACAAUAUUUGACUAUUUUGUGGACCCGAAGACAAAAAAGUUUCGGAGAUGGAAAGCACCUGAUUGGACGCCGCCUAAAGGCCCUUUCUCCUUCUCUUCCAUACUGAUACCUACUCUAGACUCGGAAAGGGCCGAAUAUAUCAUGAAUCACAUGACGAAACUGCCCCAAUCAAGGAACCCUCCAUCGUUCCAGUCUGUUCUGCUGCUGGGUGGACCUGGGACGGCCAAGACAUCCACAGCGCUCAUGUUUCUGGGGAAGCUCGAUGCCAACGAAACCUUGUGGAAACGGGUCAACCUUUCGUCCGCCACGCUUCCAGAGCGAUUUCAACAGACCAUUGAAUCGAACCUAGAGCGCAAGACAGGAAAGACUUAUUGUCCGCCCGGCGGGAGGCAGAUGAUCUUCUUCUUGGACGAUAUGUCCAUGCCAUUCGUUAACAAUUGGGGCGACCAAGUGACGCUCGAGCUACUGCGUCAACUGAUCGAGCAGGGAGGCUUUUAUUUCCUAGAAAAAGACAAAAGGGGAGAUUUCAAGUCAAUAAUUGGUCUGCAAUACAUUGGAGCAAUGAAUCAUCCAGGGGGUGGUCGUAAUGACAUUCCAAAUCGCCUGAAGUCUAAAUUCUUCUCGCUAAACAUGAUUUUACCUUCAUUGGUAUCAGUGGACAAUAUAUACGGAUCGAUGAUUCGAAGCAGAAUAACCCUCAAGAACGGUGCCACUCCUCUGGUCAUUGAAAUGUCGUCGAAGCUCACUCAGGCGACAAUAGAUGUAUGGCUUGAAGUCAAAAAGUCUCUUUUACCCACACCGAGCCGUUUCCAUUACAUAUUUAACUUACGGGACCUUUCGCGCGUAUUCCAAGGAGUUUUGAACUGCCCUCUGGAGGCUGUGAACACUUGUGAACGCUUCCUUGGCUUGUGGAAGCACGAAUGCACCCGUGUUUUGGCAGACAAGUUGUGCCGGAAGAUCGAUAAAGACCUUGUGGAAAGGGCGAUUAAUGAUGCUUGCGCCAAACACUUUGGCGUCGCUCUACAGAAGAGCGUGUCCGAGACACCCUGGUUCGCUGACUUCCUCCGGGAGCCGCAGGAAGAUGAAUCUGGGGAGCUCAUGCCUGCACAGAAGGUCUAUGAGCCUGUUCCUAAUCUGCAGUUGGUCCGAACCCGAGCAAUGGAAUACCUACAGAGAUAUAACGAACAAAACCCUGCCAAGGCAGCCAAUUUGGUUUUAUUCGAUGAUGCGCUUGCUCAUCUGAUGAUCAUUUCGCGGAUUAUCCAGAUGCCGCGUGGAUCAGCAAUGCUGGUAGGCGUUGGAGGCUCUGGAAAGCAGUCGCUGACUCGUUUGGCCUCCUUUAUCGCUGGUCAUGACCAGUUCCAAAUCGCAAUAACCAAGACGUACAACGACAACGCCCUAUUUGACGAUUUCCGGAGCCUGUACAUAAAUACUGGUCAAAAGAACUUGCACACGACAUUUAUUUUGACGGACCUUGAAAUAAAGAGCGACGGAUUCCUCGAAUACUUUAACUCUUUCUUGUCCACUGGGGAGAUCUCAGGUCUUUUCGCCAAGGACGAAAUGGAUGCAAUGGUAGCUGACAGAAGAGCAGACUUUGUCAAAGAGUGUCCUCACUUGGAAGAGACCAUGACAAAUAUGUACAACUUCUUCCUAGACCGCGUUCGGGCAAACUUGCACAUCGUUCUUUGUUUCUCUCCACUCAGCAAAAAGUUUUCAGAGAGGGCGCAGAAAUUCCCUGGGCUUUUCAGCUGCACAACUAUUGAUUGGUUCCUGCCUUGGCCCGAAGCAGCCUUAGUUGCUGUUUCAUCAAGCUUCUUGGAUAAAUUUGAAAUUGACGCUAGUUCCGAAAAGAAGGCUGUUCUGUACAACGUCAUGGGCAAUCUGCACAACAAUGUUAAUAGAAUUUGCGACGAGUAUUUUAGGCGGAUGAGACGGCGCGUAUACGUCACGCCAAAGUCCUACCUCUCAUUCAUUAACUUUUACAAGAAGGUUUACACUGAGAAAUUCUCUGAAGUUAACAACCUCGAGCGCAGCGUCAAUGUCGGGUUAAAGAAACUCAAUCAAGCUGCUCAAGACAUAAAGCAAAUGAAGGUGCAGCUAAAGGCAGAAGAGAAGAAGCUUCAGGAAUCGGAGGUUCAAACAAAUCAGCUUUUAGCCAAAGUCCAGAGCGAGUCUGCAAAGGCGGAGAAGAAGAGCCAGGGAGUGGCAGCAUUUCGUGAUGAAUGCCUUAAAAACAAAGAGGAGAUUCAAAGGGAACAGGAAGAGGCUAACAAUGACUUGCAGGCGGCUUUGCCCUACCUUCGUGAGGCUGAAGAUGCAGUCAAGUCAAUCACUGCAAAGGACAUAGUUGAGCUAAAAACAAUGAAGACACCCUCAGAUAUUAUCCGCCUUGUUUUCGACGGAGUUCUUAUCCUCUUACAAAAUCGGCUGGCAGAAGUUAGGGCAGAGUCGAAGGUGAUAAACAAGAAGCAGAUUGACUUCAUCCAUGAUUCCUUUGACGAAAGCGCAAAAGCGAUGAUGGCAGACGUGCACUUUUUAUCUAACCUCUUUGAUUUCUCCAGGAAAGAAAAGGACAAUAUCAAUGACGAGACGUGCGAGCUGUUGUUACCCUACCUAGAAGUUGAGCAUUUCAAUCCAGCAGUCGCUAAAAAAGCCUCUAACGCUGCUGAAGGUUUGUGCAAGUGGGUUGGAGCCAUGGUGAUGUAUCAUGAAGCCGCGAAGAUUGUUAAACCUAAAAUGGAUUAUUUGACUGUCCAGACUGCAAGGGCAUUUCAAGCCUUCGAGCUCCAGGCAACUGUUUUGUCUCCACACACGUCACUGCGCAGGGUUGAGGCCGCUUUGCGCCAAUUAAGCGAAGCAGAAGAGGAACUCAGAAAGGCUCAGGCCGUGUUGGAUGAAAUCAACCGUCAGUUUCAACAGGCUCUUGCGUCGAAACGAGAACUGGAACAAAGGGCACAAGCAACCAAACGUCGUAUGGAACAGGCAAACAAGCUCAUCAACGGACUUGCAGGAGAGAAGGCUCGAUGGACCGAAGAUUCAAACACGUUUGCAGAGCGGAAAAAGAAGCUGAUUGGUGACAUCUUGGUAGCGGCAGGUUUUGUAUCUUACUGCGGCCCGUUCAACGCUGAGUACAGAGAGCUGCUCAGAAAGCAGUGA